ACACCAUUCUGUCAAAUCGUGUCAAACGCAGCGGUACACUGUUUCGCUGUGGCCGUCUUAACACGAUCAAUGAUUUUGUUAUUGUUGUGACCGCACGAAAUGAAAACAUUUCAGACGUCGCGUAGUGAAAAUAGAAUCAGUUUUGUGCUAAAUUGAAAGCGUCGUGUUAAAAUUGACAUGAAAUAUCCGUUUUGGUUUUGCAAAAUAGAUCGUUUAGCAAGGUCAAGAGAGUCUGGAGUGCGUGGGAACUGAUGCGUUCUGUUGUUGUUUCUGGUGGUUUCCAGUGUUGUGUUUGAUAAGCGAAGUUUUCGCGAUGGGGUCUACGGGGCUCACAUUGGCAGACUUGCCAAAUAUUUUUAUUAUGAUCGGCUCGCUGGUUGCGCUGUUCGCAAUGCUUGUUAUACUCCUCAGGAACAUGGAGUUUAUCGGCAUAGUCGGCGAGGGUAGGCACCACGACGCGUGGGCGAUGCAGCCCCCCCGGUUACUCAUGCAGCGCGUGCACAUACCCUUCACGUUCAAACUGGAGGAGACCCACUCUAUAGGCUACAGCGGCGUAAGCAGCGUCGUGUCAUCCACAGUGCGCUACUACCACGCAGCCUGGUGGGGCGCGCCAGUACGAGAAUUACACGCAACUUUGUGGGGAUCCCUACCGCAGAUCCUCGCCUCGCCGCACCUCAGCUUCACCAGAAGCAUCCCACAUGACGAGCGGCCGCUACGGCUAAGUUCAGAGGAACCCCUUCAGCUGGGACCACCGCCUCGAACCUGCUACCCUCUAGUCGUGAUCCUCGCGCGCGACCCGCGCGACACCACCGAGCUACGGCCUGAUGACACGGUAGCAUUGGUGAGCGUGGUACACAUUCGCGAUGACCAGUGUCCGUUGCCUAGUGGCAUCAUCGCGCAAUAUCUCAAGCAAGCCAAUGGGCAUCUCUCCUGUCUCAAGCAACUAUACGUGACGGGCGAGCAGUGCGACCCGUCCGAGCGGUACGCGGGCGCGGAGUCGGCGCUGUGCUGCGUGUGCGCCGCGGCGCCGCUGUCGCGCGCGCUGCUGCCCUGCAGACAUGCCUGUCUCUGCGCACACUGCCUGCCAAAGCUGGACAAGUGCCCGAUGUGCCGCAGCGCCAUCACGUCCUACUUCUGCAUUAGAAACGACGAAGAACCGCUCUCUGAGCUCAAGCAGCAGCGCUUCCCGUUCAACAGGCGGCUCUUCAACCUGUUCCACUACCACUAGUGGAACUAAUUCCAUAACUGGCAGCAUGUUCCGACACUUCUGCAUUAGAAACGACGAAGAACCGCUCUCUGAGCUCAAGCAGCAGCGCUACCCGUUCAACAGGCGGCUCUUCAACCUGUUCCACUACCACUAGUGGAACUAGUUCCAUAACUGGCAGCAUGUUCCGACACUUCUGCAUUAGAAACGACAAAGAACCGCUCUCCGAGCUCAAGCAGCAACGCUUCCCAUACAACAGGCGGCUCUUCAACCUGUUCCACUACCACUAGUGGAACUAGUUCCAUAACUGGCAGCAUCUUCCGACACUUCUGCAUUAGAAACGACGAGGAGCCGCUCUCGGAACUCUAACAGCAGCGCUUCCCGUUCAACAGGCGGCUCUUCAUCCUGUUCCACUACCACUAGUGGACCUAGUUCCAUAACUGGCAGCAUGUUAGAAACGACGAAGAACCGCUCUCCGAGCUCAAGCAGCAACGCUUCCCUUUUAACAGGCGGCUCUUCAACCUGUUCCACUAUCACUAGUGGAACUAGUUCCAUAACUGGCAGCAUCUUCCGACACUACAUUAGGAACGAUGAUGACCCGCUCCCCGUCGUAUGUUCUAAACCAAAUGGAACAACUUGCUACACGUGUUUUAGCACCAAAAGUAAAAUAAAUGUUUCUAAACCAUUAUGGGAACAUCUAGACCCAUCACUAGUGACUCGUUUUUCACCAGUACUAGCAGUUCCACUAGUUAAAUUAUAUGUUUGGGAACACGUACUAGUAAAAGUAGAGACACGAGCACUCAGUUCUAUACACAUUUAGUGAAACCUACUGUUAAGUAUAAAAGAAAUAGAAAACUGUUCUACACUAAUGGAACACACUCAAAAGUUCCAUAGCCACAUUGGAUUGGCUUCGAAACGUGAAUGUGAUUAAAGUAUAAAAAAUAGUAAUUUUAAAAUGGGCACUAUUUUACUUAGAAAUUGUAGUGGACUUACAAUAGCAGCAGUGAAGUGAAUGCCAUCUGACUGAAGUGAUGUGAAUAUGACUAAGUGAUAAAUAUGAUAAAUUCAGUGUUAACUUAUGAUAAAUUGGCGAUAAAAUCGUAGUAUCGUCGGUCGAUGUAUAUGAACUUUUGGGACAUUUAAACAGCAAUAUACUCUUUAAAAAAAUAUGGUUGCCUGUAAAGUCGGUUUACGGACGAUAAUUUUCCGUGAUAACGUCAUAAGAAAACGUUGAUGAAAAAUUGUAUACUUUUAUUUAUGAAUUGAAUUAUUAUGUGUCCACAACGUGGCCGUAACGUUACCAUGGAGAUCUGUCCGCAACGUUACCAUGGAGAUAUGUCCACAACGUUACCAUGGAGAUCUGUCCACAGCGUUACCAUGGAGAUCUGUCCACAACGUUACCAUGGAGAUCUGUCCACAACGUGACACUUUUUCGUGCAUGCUACCGGUGUUCAUCGAUUUAUAAGACGUUAACACGUCAAAAUAUUUCUACGAUCGGGUCAAUGUGGCGAAAACCGGCAUAUAAAAUGUAUUGCAGGGAAGACCGUCAUAGGACAAGAGCUCUCGUCUUUUUAUACUACUCAGACACAGAAAGGAAGAGCUCCUUCUGCUCUACCGACCUUUUGUAGGUGGUGUGUGUGCAAACGCAAGAGUUAGAAGCUACGAAAGAGCAUGCAGACGGUCUUUUCCAUAUUGACCUUGUGUUUGUGUUUCUUUUGCUUUUGAAGUAAUAUUUUUAUUUAGAUUGGCCUUAAGUUCUGGGGUUUCUUAGGAAAUGUUUAUCUACUAAUAAUAUUCUAAACACAUCCUAUUAUCUGAUAAACAUUUUUUAAUAAACGGGUCUACUAUGUACUGGCAAUUAUUUAUGUUAACUGUUUAGCUAUAGAGGCUAUUGAAAUUUCUCAGGGUACUAUGUGUACAAAAUGUUUUAUUUUCAUGCUGUUGAGCGAUAGAUGUUGCUCUGAAGGACUUUUAAUACAUCAAAUUUGACAUUCAUACACAACCGGAUACCUGAGAAUUUUAAAUAUCAGUAACUCUUUCAGCUUUUAAUUUGGUUUAGUUAGUCAGAAUAGUUGUAAGUUAUUUUGGACUUGUGAUGUUUGUUUGAAGGAAUGUUAGUUUUAUUAUUUAAAAUACAAAAAGACAAUGUUUAUUUGAGAUUGUAUGCGCUGCGUAUAUAUUUUUGUGUGAUAUGAAAGAAUUUAUUAUUUCACAUUUUUUGUUUAUAAAUAGAUUAUUUUAGUUCAAUUAUAUGACUGUGAGAGCCUUUUAGAAAUUAUAUACUAUAUGUAAAAAAGUUAACUGGGGUAUUAGCGACUAUAGGGCAAAGAAAUACUAGAAAGAAAAAGUUCGACACUAUUUCAACGUGACACGUUUUCCCUUUAUGCCACAGAUAAUUGUACUUCUAGUUUCCUAAUAAGUGCAUUUGCCCCAUAGAUCUAAUUUCCCCUGUCAAUCUUAUGUUAAAAUUGAAGACAAAAUAUAAAAUAAAGAUUCAUUGCGUCAUUCAAACUUUAAAUUAACUAUCAUCACAUUCUAUUAAAUUAUAGUAGUUUACUUAAUAAGAUAUCUUCUGACGCAGUAAUGUCUUUACUACCGACCAUUAUUAAUAAUAUUAUAAUAACCCUAAAGAUAUUCUCACAAUAUUGUAGAUUUUCGAUCUCUAGUAUUUUCUUCUAUACUCAUCCUAUGACGUAUAAACAUACGAUUUACGAAAAUUCCUAGUAAUUUCAUUAGUCAAUAAGACGGUUUAUAGUUGAAAAUGUUGUUUGGAUACUUGUCCUACGCUAAUAUCCACAAAAACAUGUGAUUUUAGAAAAAAAAAUGGCAGAUGUUUGCUUGUACCUAUUACAAAUGUCAUAUAUUUCUGAGGAUGAUCGUAUACUUUCUGGUUAUAUAUUUAUGUAUUAAUAAACCUGGUAAAAUCUUGACAUAUCGACUGUUGACGACCAAACUUUUAACCUUUUGAACGCUUUUCCUCAAGCGUCAAAACGUGGCCUACACCCCAAUAUCUCGACUAGUGAAUGACGAAUAUAAACCUUAUCUGUCAUCAGGAUUCAUUUGCUUUGACAGCGUCCGCCAUGACCACUUUAGUGGUCGCUGGCGUGGCAGGCACGAUAGCACACGAACUAUUUACUGGCUCUUGGCGUUCAAAAGGUUAACGCGUGUAUUUUACGUACGAUUGAAAUAUUCGUAUUCGUGUGCCUAUACUAUACAUUUUGAUAUACGUGAUAACCCAUUUUUUUCAUGAAUUUAUUUAAAAUCGUUUUUUAAACCAACGCAAAUGUCAUAGUUGCCACUAGGGAAUACAAACCGGUUUUUAUAUGUAUGAAAUUUUGGUUAAUAACCGGUUUUCCCAUACAAUUAAAAACCGGUUUUGCAUGCCCUAGUUGCCACUAUAUACGAAUAAUUUUAAAACAUUUUAACUGAAAUAGGUUUGACAUGUAAAGGGUCCCACUGACUAUCAGU